AUGGACAAAAGAACACUCGGCGGAAAGAAAAAACUUGUUUUUGAGCCCAAGCUGCCCACAGCUCCGCUUGAAAUACAGGCGGCCCCGGAGACCAAAGAGAAGAAGAGCGAGGAGAGAAGAAAAGAGGUCAAAACAAGAGAAAGGCCGAGCCAGCACAGAAUGCCAGAUCAGCCCGCUACUCUGAUCGGGGGAACAAAAGAAGCGCCGUCUUUUGUGUUUAACCCGAAAAGCAUCGAGGAAAUAACAACAGAGGAUCUGAUGAAGGUAGAGAACUCGCCCAUUACAGUAGACAAGAUAGCAGAGAAGAUAAAAAGCAGAGAAGUGGAGAGCAUUUCCAUUAAGUCAUUUGCGAAUCAGAAGAUACUCCUGCAAAUCCCAAAAAUACUGGCAGAAGAAGGACAGAGAUACAUAAAAGGAAAAAUCAUAGUAAAAAACGAGGAAAUGCAUCUUUCGCUCGUAGGAAGACUCAUAGAGAAAGACGCCCCAAAAGAGUUUCUGUUUAGAAUAACGCCGGUAGAGACAGGAAUGCCUCAGGAAGCGUAUAAAAUCAACGAAGCAUCGGACUCUUUGUCGAGGAUAGGAGAGGUAAAAAACAAGUUCAUAGCAUCUAUUGUAAGAAACAGCUAG